AAAACGCAGCGCCGUCCGUCAGGCGCGGAGCUGCGGACUGAAACCGGGCUGAGGAUCCGCAACCAGUCGGCACCGGUGUCUCGUCACGGCGGAUGCGUAGGGACGGCGUGCCGUAGUUCGUCCGCCGGUAACGUCACUAUCGCACGUGCGUAGCCUACGUAUUUAAAUGCGAUGUCGCUGAUACGCGCUGGCCGGACACGCGAUGAUGAGAGGUCGCUGACGGACCGUGCGUAACGCUGAGUGGACGGCGGUAGCUCUCGCGCGCCGCACAUCGCAACGCCGGCCGCCCGUCGCCUCGCAGGGCCCCGCGCGCGCUCCGCAGUGCAGCUCGCCCACCGUCACCAGAUGCUCCGCGCCGGGCCGAACCCGUUCAGUUUCAUGCCGACCGGAGCCUGAGCCGAAGGAUGCAGGUUAAAAACCAGAUCUGCACCGAGGCGAGCAGCGCCGACGAGCAGGAGCAGGACGACAGCCAGAAGAAGACGUCGUGCUUCUCCAACAUCAAGAUCUUCCUGGUGUCGGAAUGCGCGCUCAUGUUGGCACAGGGCACCGUGGGCGCCUAUCUGGUGAGCGUUCUGACCACGCUGGAGCGACGCUUCAACCUCCAGAGCGCCGACGUCGGCGUCAUCGCCAGCAGCUUCGAAAUCGGCAACCUGGCGCUCAUCCUGUUCGUCAGCUACUUCGGCGCCAGGGCGCACAGGCCGCGCCUCAUCGGCUUCGGCGGCAUUGUGAUGGCGCUGGGGGCGCUGCUGUCGGCGCUGCCGGAGUUCCUGACCCAUCAGUACGAGUAUGAGGCGGGGGAGGCGUGGCACGCUGACGAGGUCAGGGAUGUCUGCUCCAACAACUCCAGGUCAGAAACGCUAGACUCUGGGUUUAAAUGUGGCAACCGAGCCAACACCAACAUGAUGUACCUUCUGCUGAUCGGGGCCCAGGUUCUUCUGGGCAUCGGAGCCACGCCUGUGCAGCCUCUCGGCGUGUCCUACAUCGAUGACCAUGUCCACAAAAAGGACUCCUCCUUGUACAUAGGCAUUUUAUUUUCCACACUUGUGUUUGGCCCAGCCUGUGGCUUCAUCCUAGGUUCUAUCUGUACCAAAGUCUACGUUGAUGCUGUUUUCAUCGACACCAGUAAACUGGACAUCACCCCAGAUGACCCCCGCUGGAUUGGGGCGUGGUGGGCCGGGUUCCUCCUCUGCAGUGCCUUACUCUUCCUGUCGGCCCUGUUCAUGUUCGGCUUCCCCCAGGCCCUGGACGAGCAGGACAUGGACGGCGGGGCGGAGAGUGAGCAGUCCAUGCUGCCUUCCUCCCUGAGCCUGGACCUUCAGGACACUAAAGCCAACGGCGCCGUUCACGGCUUUGACAUGAACAGCGGACUUUCGGUCUGCGAGCAUCUGAGAGUAAUCCCUCGGGUAACCAGGCACCUACUCUCCAAUCCGGUAUUUAGCUGCAUCACGCUGGCCGCCUGCAUGGAGAUCGCUGUGGUUGCUGGUUUCGCUGCCUUUCUAGGAAAAUACCUGGAGCAGCAGUUCAACCUCACCACGUCCUCGGCCAAUCAGCUGCUAGGUAUGACCGCUAUACCCUGCGCCUGUCUGGGGAUCUUCCUCGGGGGGCUGCUGGUGAAGAAGCUGAACCUGUCUGCACUGGGAGCAGUCCGCAUGGCCAUGCUGGUCAACCUGGUCUCCACUGCCUGCUACGUCUCCUUUCUCUUCUUGGGCUGUGACAACGGGCCUGUCGCUGGGAUUACUGUGGCCUACACCAACGAGACGCUGCAGUCGUGGCGGCAGCCGGAGUCGCCGUGCAUCAGCAACUGCAACUGCUACACGGCAUCCGUGAGCCCCGUCUGCGGUUCCAACGGAGUCACCUACCUCUCGGCCUGCUUCGCCGGCUGCACCACACCAGUGAGUGGGUGGAGAGCGCAUUGCAGGCUGGCCACUGAGCGGAGGCGCGGCAGUGACCCAACUCUGCUCCGCUCCUUGUCUUUGCACCAGAACCUGACCGGCUGCUCGUGCGUGUCCAGCAGCAGCGAGGACGCAGUGGCUUUACCAGGAAAGUGUCCCACGCCGGGCUGUCAGCAGGCCUUCCUCACCUUCCUGUGUGUCAUCUGUUUGUGCAGCAUGAUUGGAGCCAUGGCCCAGACCCCCUCCGUUAUCAUCCUGAUCAGGACCGUGAGCCCCGAGCUUAAAUCCUACGCCCUGGGCGUCCUCUUCCUGCUCCUGAGGCUGAUUGGCUUCAUCCCUCCCCCCCUGAUCUUCGGCACGGGCAUCGACUCCACCUGUCUCUUCUGGAGCUCGGUCUGCGGCGAGAAGGGCGCCUGCAUGCUGUACGACAACGUGGCCUACAGGCAUCUGUAUGUCAGCAUCGCCAUCGUCCUCAAGUCGUCAGCCUUCGUCUUGUACACCACCACAUGGCAGUGUCUGAGAAAGAACUACAAGAAAUACAUCAAGAACGGCGAGGGCUACCUCACGCCCACUGAACUCUUCGCCUCCAAUGUGACUCUGGACAAUCUGGGCAAGGAGAUCACGCAAAACCCAGCCAACAGGACAAAGUUCAUAUACAACCUCGAGGACCAGGAGAUGUGUGACAACAUGGAGUCUGUUUUAUAAAGGUCUGCACUGACACUGCACGCGGUAGCGGUUCAAAUCUGAAGUAGCUUGUUGUUGCAACAGUACGGGAGAACGUCCUCAUUCGAAACGUCGAACAUGAAAUUAAUAACAAACGUUACCCAAAAAGCUCCAUAUGCGCACUGCUUUGGUUUUCAUUAGGACAAACAGUAUUAGCUUUACGUAUACUUGAAACACAGCUGUGUAAAAAAAAAAAAAAAAGCAGGACUCAACUUUAUCAAUUUGCUUGUUGUUGUGAGAAGGAAGUGAUUCUCAGGUCUGAUGUCAGAUAGAAAGAUUUCUAUUUACCAUGGUUGUUUGCUGUAAGAUAACGUUUUAUUUGCAUCUCCUUAAUGGAGAACAUACCACUUCAGUUAAUUGGAACUUUUUGGACAAUGUGACACUACUUGGCAACCCUAAAAAAGUCUAAUUAACACAUUUGCUUGCUAGUAACUAGUCAUUAACGCUAAUAACCCCUUAUGUUAAAGCUUAACAUCCAAAGCUGUCAAGUUUUUUUAGUUUCAUCCUUUUGAAUAACCCAGAUAGAGUUAAUAAAAAUAAUCAUGUAUAAACUCAAUAAAUUAGAGUUGAGUCAAAAGUCAAAUAAUUCGUGUAGAUGUUGCAAAAUAAUUGGGGCUUUUCAUAUUGACUGUAAUAAUUAGUCUCCUCCUGUUCUGUAUGGUAUUUUUAAAUAUUUGCUGAAGAUCGUUAAAUCAAAUAGUAAAUUACAGUGUUUGAGGUUCUGCUACUAGUUUUAUGUUUUAGAGCCAUUAGUUUUCACAUAAUUAUAAAAACAUUUUUUCAGUGCAACCAUUCAAACACAAUUUACCAGAAAACAAACAUGAGGGAGGAUGGAUGGAGGGGUUACUUCAAACAAUCUGCUCACAGAUACACGAGUGGAGUGAGUAGCUGAACCUGUGACCUUUCAGUCGCAGGCCUCUCUCUCCAACCCCUGAUUUGACCGUAGCGCCGUUACGAUUCUGCCAGAAAACACUCAUAUCCUGGGCAAAUGGAGACAAAUCCAGAAAAAAAUACAGGCUGACUUGAUGGUGUAAAUCUGCUGCCGGGGAUGCAGCCUGCAGCUGUAAUGCAUGGAAAACGUAGCAACAUGAUAAAUAACAAGCAGAGCGCAUUGCAGAUAUGACUCUCCAGGGUACACGUAUGUAGUACAGUACGCGCAGCGUCGGCGGAGACGGUGGGGGGGGGGGGCAACGGCGAAGCUCAGGUGUGUGUGUGUGUGUGUGUGUGUGUGUCGAACGCGUUUCUGGCAGAAGUCAACGCAGAGACGUGAUGACUGCGGUGGGCAAGCUGUCAGCAGACACAGCAUAGCAUGACGCACGGUGUCCAGGCAGAAUUAGUCCAUUUAAAAGCUUAUUGAUAGUGCAUGCAGAGAUAAAACUAAGAAUAACUCCGUGUGUCGCUGUGGGGGCCAUGGCAAUAGUUAAAUACAUUAACCUAGAUGGCCUUCUACUUCUAUAUUUGUUGAUGAAAACGCUCUAUAAUGCAUACUGCAUUGUAAACGGAUGACUCCUAAUCACUCACACUGCAGUGAUUGUCUUAAUCUGGACCUAUUUUACAGUUAUUAUACUUUUACGGCUAUUAUACAGUUACGUUUUUGUUAAGGAAUUCGAUGGGAUUCUAAUUUCUCGCACCAGUUUACAUAGAGUACAUGUACAUUGAGUUUUCUUUCUGGCUUACUUUGUAAGUAUUCAAUAUGUUUUGUAUCAAAAACAUGGACCUUUGUCCAGCUACUCUCCACCGCAAUAGAUUUCACUUCCUUUAUGUUCAUCCCUUUGAGAAUUUAGAGAGAGCGCUGCAGCGUCUCUGUGCAGGAGGAGCCUCUAAGUAGUAGCCUCGCUCGUCACCCUCCAUAAAUGUUGGUCUUUGUAUGAGUUAAACUAAUAAGCUUCAUGUAUUGUUAGGUUUGGCUUUAGAUGUGCUCAUAGUGGGUUUCCUGGUCCACGGUUUUGUCUUUGUGAUAAUUAUGAUAAACCAGCUCUUGCCUGUAGCUUCAUGUUUACUGAACACAUAAACAUCAUUUUCUUGUCUCUUGGUAAAAAUGCUACUUAGUGUGUCCCCCACAAACUGUUCCUUCGACUCAGUAUUGAGCAGCUCGUUGAACCCAACUGUAUGCCGAUGCUGUUUAAGCAUCAUAAAUAAUAAAGAAGGUGUUUAUCAAAUGGAGAAGACCAUUGUAGAGAAUGCUUGAGAUCGAUGGACCUACUGUACAUUUAAUAUAGAGCCAUGCCAAACGAGUAGAGACUAGCACAGUAUGAAGAGUAUAAAUACUAAUUAUUAGGACAGCAGUGACAGAGGUGCUGUUUUCCAUAGCUCAACAUUUAAUCCGAUGUGUCAGUGCGCUGACUUCUCUGUAAAUAACUGUGCCAUUCAAGUGCCAUAGAAGUGUUCUGUAACAUCCUGCAGAUGACUUUGUCUCAAUGAGCUGGAGCUCGGAGCUCUUCCAGCUGUAUGUAGCCUUUCUGUGACAUCCCUUCACUUACUUUCACCAUAUCACAUCAUACGCGAGUGUCCCAGAAACACAUUACCUACUAAAUAUUGUAUAUUGGAACAGAAAAACAGCAUUAUUUAGGCUCUGUUAAUACGUAGAACCUUCUAGUGAAGAUAUUGUCUAAUUUAGAUUAAUCUGUCUUUCCAUUAGUUGAAAAGGUGUUUGCUGCUUCGGUUCGAAUAAAAACAACGGCGCACGCGUUGAGCUCCAGCCUGACACUGGUCACUCGAUCAGCUAAAGCAGUCCAGUUCCUGAGCAAGAGGAAGCCACGUGUUCCAGGUCUGACUAAAGCGCUGGCAGGUGGAGCAGCACUUGCUUGACCUUGUGCCCGCCCGUGGCAAUGGGACUGUUUUUGCCUUGUGAUAUUUUGCCUUGCGAUUAAAAAAAAAAAAAAUUACACCUUUUAGAACAGACACUUCUUUUUGGUUGUUUUAUUUUUUUUUAUCCAUUUGUGUCUCUCUUCUCAUGCGUUGAUCUUGCCUUGCAGUGACGGCAGGUUGACCUUUACAGUGGGUGUUUAAUGGCUGAUGUACUGACAUAUGAAGAGUUUACUGCCAAAAUGCAUCAUUUGUGGUUUAAAAAAAAAAAAACGUUCGCGAGGGAGAGUUAAGCUGUAAAUAUUUUUUUUACCCACUUAGUUUGAUAGUUGUUUUUUUUCCCAGGUUAUCGCUCUUUGUAGAUGACGCAUGGUGUUUUGGAAGCAAACUCUUCGUAUGCGAAUAGGAAAUGUCUUGGUUUGAGCCUUUUGCUUGCAUGUUGCCUUUAAUUACCCUGAAACCAUGUGCUAACUAUGUUAGUGACAGGUUUAGAGUGGUGUGUAUUCAAUAUGUAAAUUUCAUGGCUCUUUGCAGGGGACCUUUUAAAGAAAGGGCACUGAAAUCAUAAAUAAUAUCACCUAUAUUUUCAAAGCAUCACUAAAUAUUUUUAGAUAUGCUCUAUUGCUUCUUUGGGUUUAUUUUUCUUUUAAUUUAAUUCAAAUAUUUUUAUUUAAAAGCUUUAUGUUAUGUAUAGUCCUCGAAAGAUUUUGAUCUUCUAUGAUUGUACGGUUACUGUAAAUACAUUAAAUACCUUUUUGUUUUUAA